GACUCAACCCUGGAAAACAACUGCACCGGCCACAUCUCCUGCAUCACCCAGCGCCCCCCUGAAGAUUGCUCCGCCUUCUGCGGCCUUUCCCCUCCCUUCGACACGCCCUGUGCCGGCCUCGGCCACUGCCACUGGGAGUGGGGGGAAAACGACGCGAGCACUGCCAUGUGUGCGUGCAAGGAGGGGUACAAUACUGGAAAGGAGUCCACAACAUGUGUUCCCCUGCUCUCACAAACGGAAUGGGCUGUGUUGGAGAGUCUAACGGCUGCAUGGGGUGGCUUUGAUGGCAAUGGCACAUGGAAGAGUGGCAUCCCCUGCGAGAAAAUGAAUAACGUCAUAUGUGACGAUGCCAACCAGAUUGUAGCGCUUGACGUAUCCUGGCAAGGCAUCUGGGGAAACAUUCCAGACGCCAUCACUGGCUUGGAGAGCCUGAGUGUGCUAAAUCUGGAGGGUAACUACUUCACUGGUACCCUGCCGAAAGCCUUAGGCAGUCUAUUGAGCCUCGUGUCUCUGUCUGUCAGCAACAACUACUUCUACGCUGACACUCUCCCCAAGACAAUGUGCGAUGCGUCCGCCCUCGACAUGAUAGCCAUCUCCCUGCAGGGCAACUGCUUCAACUCCAGCGCCAUGCCCUGCGACCUCACCCACACCCAGCGCCAAAAUUGCUCCGCCUUCUGCGGCCUCUCCCCUCCCUCCACCGUGCCCUGUGACGGCCACGGCUACUGCCACUUGGUUGACGGCAAUGCUACGUGUGCAUGCAAGAAGGGGUACGGGCACGGAGAUAAUUCAAGCACAUGUGUCAACGUAUUGCCAAAAUCGGAAUGGCUCGCUUUGGACGCGCUGAGAGUGGCCUGGGGUGGCUUCAAUGGCUCAGGCACAUGGAACGAAAGCUUCUCUUGUGUGCAGAUGUUGCAUGUCAAGUGCAACGAGUACAACCACAUAGAGAAACUGAACGUUUCUGGGCUAAACAUAUCGGGUUUUAUUCCAAGCAGCAUUGAAGGCCUGUCGCACCUCACAUUACUCAAUGUGUCCAACAACGCUAUAGCGGGACCCAUUCCAGACUCCAUCAGCUGUCUAACGAAGCUCAGAAUCUUGGACUUGUCACACAACCAACUGUCAGGAGCUUUACCAAGUGGGCUCAACAGCUUGCUAGGGCUCAACAGCUCGCUAGGGGUCAACAACUCGCAAGGGCUUAGCCCGAAAGGGCUGUUGGCAUUGAACGUGAGCCAUAACUACCUCUACUCCAGCAGUCUGAAUGCCACCACGUGCAACUCAUCAGCGCAGCUGCUCUCCCUGCACAACAACUGCUUCAACUCCAGCGCCAUGCCCUGCAACCUCACCCACACCCAGCGCCCCAGAGAAAAAUGCUCUGCCUUCUGCCACCUUUCCCCUCCCUCCACCCCGCCCUGUCCUGGCCACGGUUAUUGCUACUGGAAAGGGGGGGAAGGCUUGGGCAAUGCCACGUGUGCGUGUGGGUCAGACUCCAAUAGGGGAGGCACUCUUGAAACAUGCGAUGGCCUUCCCCCAGAUUUAGAGUGGGCUGCACUGGAAGCACUAACGAAGGCCUGGGGGGGGUUUAACGGAAAUGGCACGUGGAAGAGCGUUAGCGCGUGUGCCCGGAUGAAGCACAUAACCUGUGAUGCUGACAACCACAUCAUCAGCCUGUUAUCAAAUGGCUCUCAAGUUGUGGGAAGCAUACCAGCGCUUAUUGGGAAUCUCAUCCAUCUGACCGCAUUGAACCUUACUGGAAGCCAAUUCCGUGGGAGUCUUCCAACAACGAUUGGGCGACUUACCAAUCUAGUCCAGUGGGAUUUGCAUACCAACUCGUUCACGGGUAAAAUUCCAAAGUCGAUCUCAGCAUUGCAACGACUAGAGAUUUUGGAUUUUGGUGACAACAUGUUCAAAGGCCAAAUUCCAGAUGGAGUCUGUAAUAUGACAAAGCUUACCAAGCUUAAUAUCUCGCACAAUACCUUUGCGGGAUCCAUCCCUGACUACUUGUCGAACUUAACGAAGCUUAGUAUAUUGGACAUGAAUGACAACCGUAUGACGGGGCAGUUGCUUCCCAAUCUUAAGGCGCUGAAGAAACUCACGUAUAUGGAUCUGAGUAACAACCGUUUUUCAGGAAGCUUACCUUCUAGACUUACUUCCUUGAAGGCUCUCCGCACAUUGAAAUUGGACAACAACAAGCUCAGUGGAGCCCUUGCGCCACUGCCAAAAAACGUCAGAUUCAGCGCUCGUUACAACUAUCUCUCCCGUGCAAACUCGGUGACCUGCAAGAAGGGCUAUCUUGAAAAUAACUGCUUUCUCGAUAAGAAGCGCGUAUGCCCAAAGCUUCCUCGGCGGCCCAUGAAUGGGUGCGCUCCGUUCUGCGGGCUAUCGAGCAAAAUGCAUCCCUGCGUGGGUCGCGGAUCAUGCAUUCUGGACGGGGUGGAUGAAACGCCUACGUGUGUCUGUGAUGGUGGCUACGCCAAUGGAGAGAUCCCCUUCACCUGCAUCCCUAAGGAGCAAAGCUACCCCCAGACCGACAUGAUUAUCAUCGAGUCCACGUUCACCCUCACCAACCGCACAUCAACACUCCCUGGAGAGUACUUUCAUGAAGUCCCCUUCAGGCUCUUCUCGUAUGAAACCAUCGGGGAUGAUUGCGGCCGCCAGUUCUACUUCAACGUCAGCUUCGCCUUCAUGAUGCUUCCAAAGCAUGCUAUUGGGGGUGGCGGGCUCGCGUUUGUUGUCUCUUCCACAAAAAAGCGCGGCAACGGCAGCGGAGUGGGGUAUGCUGGGAUGGACAAACGCAGCAUGGCUGUUGAGUUUGACACGUGGCUGGAUAAACAGGACAAAGACACCAGCGCAAAUCAUGUUGGGGUAAACCUGAAAGGAAGCCCCUUCUCUGUGAAAACUGCUAACGUCUCAAAGGACCUGAACAAUGGGAGGAUGUACUUCGCAUGGGUGGACUAUGGCCCCGGGGAGUCUGAGAGCUUGAGGGUGUUCGUUAAUGCUUCCAACACCAAGCCGGACAACCCCUCGCUCUCCAUGAACCUCUCGCUCUGCGACCUCCUCCAGCCCACACCGAAGAAGAACUCGUAUUACUUUGGCUUUGUGGCGGCAUCACUACCCCGGCACGAGCAGGAGCAUCUCGUGGCAACGACAACCAUUGACAUAGGAUUUACUCUGCCCCCACAACUGCCUGAAGAUGGCAGAGCCACGGGCCUGGUUUUGGAUGUGGAUACAUUUAACCCCACGAUCGCAAGCCCGUUCACGCGCUACGUGAGCGUGGGAUACUCCCCAGCACAGGACGGGCAGGACUCGUGGAACAUCCCCACCUUAUCCACGUGGACCUUCGACUCGACCUGGGAGGCACCGGACCAAGGCGAUUGCAGCGACUGUUGGGCGUAUGCAGUGGUGGCGAGCAUAGAGGCGGCAUACGGCAUCGCCACCAACAACAAGACGUACCCGUCACUCUCCAUCGACUCCCUCUUCGAGAUCACCAGGAUGGCUUCCUGCGAGAGCGGCUCGCCCACCCUCGCCUUUCAGAAACUCGUUGCCUCUAAGAAGGGCCUUCGGAAUACCUCUUCUUGGGAUUCCUCCCCCUCCUCCUUAGCUUCCGUUCGCUCGCCCUCCUCUUCUCUCGUCGCCUGGUUAUUCAAAGCAGUGUGGCACAGUCCCUCUCUUGGCAAAGCCGCUCUUCCUCGUCGUCAUCGUGCAGCAGCAGCAGCAGCAGAAACCGGGAAUUACAUCGUGUCUGGGUUUGAGCGGACGGCAUUCAAGGGGUACUUUGGCCUCAUGCUUGCGGUGCGGCGGCAGCCAGUCGUGGUUCACAUCGAGGCGAGCGCCGCCUCUUUCGUCAAUUACAAUGGGUCGUUCAGGUACGACGAGCCAGAUUGCUACACAGGCAACCUCAACCACGUUGUACUCGUUACAGGCUACCUCCUCAUGGGCACGGAUAAGAACCGACCCGCGCACUCUUUCACCCUUCUGGAGGAUCCGCAACUCGUGGGGCACGGAGUGGGGGGCGGAGGGGUACAUUCACAUGGGCAUAGCGCCAGGGGAGGGCAUCUGUGGCAUCAACGUGCUGCCUGGCAUCUACCCGAUCAUCAGAAAUUCGGAUGACCCCUGUAUGCGUGAGUCAUUCAUAACCGGCAACGGUGACGCGGUCAUGAACCCCUGUGGCAGCUACGAGUGCAUCGAAACCACAGAUGGCGCCUCCAACACCUGUAAAUGCAAGCCCCCGUUCGUCGAGGCCCUGAAUAACGAUGGCUCUCGCUCCUGUGCCUAUGUGGAUGUGUGCGGUGCCAGCAUGCAGAACCCCUGUGAGGUGGGCUCAUGCAUCAACGAUGGGCACGGCAGGUACACCUGCAUCUGCCCAUCAACGCACAUGCUAGACACCACAAUCGAUGGCUUCCCGACCUGCACCAGAGGUUUUGGCACUGCUGCCACCCUGACGGUGGCUGGGAGGAACUGGCAGUGUGCCGAG